GAGGCGUGGCUGCGCCGGGCUCUGUGUGUCGAUGUCAAUGUGUCCGUCCUUCACUCCUCCAUUGUCUGCCGCCGCCAGUGCUGCUGCAGCCCCUGCCGCUGCCGGAAUCGCCGCAGCUCCCAGCCUCGCGCGUCGCCGCUACCUUCUUGGACAGAAAUUUUAUGAAUAAGCAUCAGAAGCCAGUGCUAACAGGCCAGCGGUUCAAAACUCGGAAAAGGGAUGAAAAAGAGAAAUUCGAACCCACAGUCUUCAGGGAUACACUUGUCCAGGGGCUUAAUGAAGCUGGUGAUGACCUUGAAGCUGUAGCCAAGUUUCUGGACUCUACAGGCUCAAGACUAGAUUAUCGUCGCUAUGCAGACACACUCUUCGAUAUCCUGGUAGCUGGCAGUAUGCUUGCCCCUGGAGGGACACGUAUAGAUGAUGGUGACAAGACCAAGAUGACCAACCACUGUGUGUUUUCAGCAAAAGAAGAUCAUGAAACCAUCCGAAACCAUGCUCAGGUCUUCAAUAAACUCAUCAGGAGAUAUAAGUAUUUGGAAAAGGCUUUUGAGGAUGCAAUGAAAAAGCUUCUCCUCUUCCUUAAAGCCUUUACCGAAACAGAGCAGACAAAGUUGGCAAUGCUGUCGGGGAUCCUGCUAGGCAACGGCACCCUUCCUCCCACCAUCCUCACCAGUCUCUUCACCGACAACUUAGUCAAAGAAGGCAUUGCGGCCUCAUUUGCUGUCAAGCUUUUUAAAGCCUGGAUGGCAGAAAAAGAUGCCAACUCUGUUACCUCUUCUUUGAGAAAAGCCAACUUAGACAAGAGGCUGCUUGAGCUCUUUCCCGUUAACAGACAGAGUGUUGAUCACUUUGCUAAGUACUUCACCGACGCGGGGCUGAAGGAGCUCUCCGACUUCCUGCGAGUGCAGCAGUCGCUGGGCACCAGGAAGGAGCUGCAGAAGGAGCUGCAGGAGCGCCUGUCUCAGGAAUGCCCGAUCAAGGAGGUGGUGCUCUAUGUGAAAGAAGAAAUGAAGAGGAAUGACCUCCCGGAAACAGCAGUGAUAGGCCUGCUGUGGACCUGCAUCAUGAAUGCUGUGGAGUGGAACAAGAAGGAAGAACUCGUGGCAGAGCAGGCCCUCAAGCACCUGAAGCAAUACGCUCCCCUGCUGGCCGUGUUCAGCUCCCAAGGCCAGUCAGAGCUGAUCCUCCUGCAGAAGGUCCAGGAGUACUGCUACGACAACAUCCACUUCAUGAAGGCGUUUCAGAAGAUCGUGGUUCUCUUUUAUAAAGCUGAUGUGCUGAGUGAAGAAGCGAUAUUGAAAUGGUACAAAGAAGCACACGUGGCCAAAGGCAAAAGUGUUUUUCUUGACCAGAUGAAGAAAUUUGUUGAGUGGUUGCAAAACGCAGAAGAAGAAUCUGAAUCGGAAGGUGAGGACAAUUAGAUGGCCGGAGAAGCACAAUGCCUAGGUCAUCACACAACACUUGGAUUGGGAAUGCUGAACCAUUCGAGAAGAGAAACUUGGCUUGUUUUCACAAAGGAAAAAAAAAAAUAGGAUAGGUUUCCCUUGUGCAGAAGGGGCAAAUGGUUUUUGUUUUUGUUUUGUUUUUAAAUGGAGCCCUGAGGCAUCAGCUAUUAUACUUGGGACUCUACCUCUCACUCACUAUAUGCUAACUUAAAGCCAUUCAACCAGGAGUCCAGUAGGAAUCUGAAUUACUCAACAGACUCCUCUUUUUUAGCUGUAUUUUUCAGGUACUGUGUGGUGAACGCCCCACUGGUGUCUAUUACAGGGCCACUUUGGUAGUUGUGUAUCUGCUUGUGUAUGUGAUUUGACAAACCAGUUUUUUUAAAUAAAUGGCUUUAUAAAAAUCUGG